AUGCGCUGCGAUGGGGAGCAGUUGACGGUGCAGGGGGAGGCAGCUGCCGGCCAGACAAGAUGCGUCUACGGCGUCGACGGUGUAGUCUGCCUGGCAACCACCAGCUACGACGGGCAACCGACAGCCACCACGCCUGCUGGAAACUGCUGGCGACAACGCCUUGCUGCACACCACCUGUUCGACGAAACGCCUCUGAGCUCAGACCCCAUGGCGGAGGCGCCAGACAGCCGGAGAAUGGCCCCCGCUCCCACCAACAUAGGCGCCCUCCCGGAAGAGAUCCUCCUGCGUGUCAUGUCCUACCUGCCCACGCGCGAAGCCGUGCACACAUGCUUGGUAUCGCCGUACUGGCGUGACCUCUGGCGGUCCGUGCCCUGCAUCAACGUGUCUAUCAUGGAGUUCAAAGACGAUGAUUACGAGGACGACUUCGAGCGUGAAGUGGCGUUCAAGAGAUUUGUGAACCAUUUUCUGAUGCUCCGUAACCCUGUUCCCCUGGUUGAGUUCCGCCUCACGUACAGCAUGAGCGAUGACGACCGCUCUGACUCCGAUGACGCCAAUGACUGGAUCUCCCAUGCGUUACAGUGGAAUGCUCGGGUUGUCAAGGUUGUCAAUCAGCAUGAACCAUUGGAGAUCGAUCAUGAGGUGUUCACUUCAAGCUUCUUGAAAAGGCUGCACAUUAGCAGCGCUGACUUGUUCCCUGGUUUCUUUAGUCAGCUCCAGACGGGCUGCCCAGCAUUGGAGUAUCUGUUCCUAUUUGACUGCCUCAUCAUGGACCAUGAGAUUUUCUCCAUGACACUCAAGGUUUUGAUCCUCUCUAAACAAAUUGCGUUCAGUGACCAGGCUUCUAUUUCGGCUCCAAGUCUCAUAUAUCUGUCCAUUGAGGGUGAUAUUCAAUCGGGCAGGCUACCUGUACUAAAGAGCAUGGCAUCUCUAGAGACUGCAUCAGCCUUGAUUUCGGGAGCAAUCACAGAUUGUGAUGCGGAUGCUAUCAGGCAGUUCCUGGGAGGCCUCUCUAAUGUUACAAGUUUGGAUUUCCGUUACAGGGAUCAGAAGCUGACCAUGGAAAAGAAUUUUCAAUGGUGUCCAAGAUUCAGCAAACUUGUAAACCUCACUCUUAACCGCUCCUGUGUGCACGCCGAGUUCUAUGCACUGAUUGUCUUCCUUCAGAACUCACCCAAUGUGAAGAAGCUAACUCUCAAGCUAAACCAGGUAUGUGUUCUUGGCCACAUUGGUUAUGCAUCUGCAAUCACGGGUGAGCUAGAGGACAGAUCAUUUACAUGUGAGCAGCUUCAGAUUGUUAAAAUCAAAUGCUCGGAGACAAGUGAGAUGCUACCUAGGGUGACUCAGUUUUUGCAUGCUAGAGGCGUAAGGCCUGAUCAGAUGCGUAUCAAUCGCCGGAACUAAGUCCGAUGUAGCAGUCACCUGGAACUAAGUCCCAUGUUUCAGGUUCUAGGGCAGCUGGAAUGACAUUGGAUCACUCAUUCACCUGUCAUCGC